UUGUAGAUAUGUGUGUAUUUUAGGAUAAUAUAUGUCUAAUUUAAAUGUAAGUGGAUUAAAGCUUCUCGAAGUUUGGGAAAAAACAGUUUUUAAAAUUUGAUGGACUGUAUUUCCUUAAAGUAACUUAAAUUUUCUUAAGAUUUUCUUCAUUAUUGUCAGUUUUCUACUUACUCCCAUGCUUUGAUCACCACCACAAUUAAUGGAUUUAAAUGAAACUUGAAAUUUCAUUAUCUGUAACUCUAUUCCUCAUUCGAUCCAAGUAAAUACUAAUAAAAUAAAUCUCAAAUUAAAUUUCAAUUAUCUGAACCGGUUUAACUGAUAUAGUGGAAAUUUUUCUGUCCCUGUAUAUUUUAUUUUUCAUACACCUUAGAACUAAUUUUAAUAUCAUUCGAUGUUUGAAGUUUACAGAUUGAUAAGACUUUUUGGGUUCAGGGAAGGUGACAAGGUAAAAGUUCAACGGAUCGCUAAUCCGGGUGGUGAUUAUCCUAAAAAUAGACAAAAACAAAUAAGUUAACAACCUCCUUGUCGACUUAUUUAAUUAUUUGUUUAUUUUAGUUAAAGGUGAAUGGAACCACAAAAUUCACUAUCUCCCCAACCUUGGUUUGCGGUGUCAACAAACAAAAACCAAUGAAAUGCACUUGCAUUGUAUGUCAGUGUGCAAGUGUCAUACGAAUUAAAUUGUAUGUUAUAUAAUAACUCUUUUGUUGCUUGAUCUACAACUCCUAAAUCGAAAAUUAAUCAACGAAUGCCAAUUAAUUCUUUACCAUUCAUUGAAAGGUCAAAAUUUAAAGGAUUGCAAUUACAUAAUGAUAAUAUCGUUAAUUAAAACAAUACGAUAUUGAAUAAAUAAAUAGUAAAACUACUCCUUCGCACCGUCGCGACGGUCGCGAAAGAAGGAAGUUGAAUUCACUUCCUCACAAAUAUGCAUGAUUAUCAAAUAGCGGGCCCGUGAACCGAACCUUGCAACAGACGAAACACCUAUUUUCGAACAUCGAUUCUAUUUACAUGUCAUUAUCUGUAUGAAAACAAUGCCGACCUUUGCUGCGGCAGACAAGGUUAUCUUGGAACUAGCAAUUACACACGCUUAAUUUCAAUUUUAUCUGAAAAUGCAACCCUGAAGUAAAAUUUGAGUCUGUUUAAAGGUAGGGAUGGACUUAUCCCUACUUGAAACCUAUUCAUAUAUAAAAACAAUAUUUUUUUCCGAUUGUCAUCGUACUUUGCAAUCACUCAAACAAAUAACUAAAUUUAUACACACACACACAUUUAUUUUGAAAAUAGUUUUUUAAUAGUGAGGUUAAAGUGAUCCCUACCAUGCAGUUAAAAAUUAUGCAGUGCUUGUUGAUAACAAUACUCAUGUGUGGAAUACAUGCAUUUAAUAACUUUGCUGACAUAGCUUGUGGAAAACAAAAGGGCAGAAGAUUUGGAAAAAUUGUUGGGGGUCAGGAGGCAGUUAAAGGGGAAUUUCCUUGGUUAGUAUCCAUCACAAGAAGGGGAGGACAUUUUUGUGGCGGAACAAUAAUCCAUAAGAGAUUCGUAUUGACUGCUGGUCACUGCCUUUGCACGGGUACCGGUUCUAAGGACUUCUAUAAGCCUUCAGCACUUAAAAUAACAUUAGCUCAGCACGAUCUUAGCAAUAAAGAUACCGAUGCGUAUCAAACUGGCUUAAAAGCAAUAAGCAUCCAUUCAGGUUACAGUUGUAAUAAACCUAGAGAUGAUAUAGCCAUUUUGGAGCUUGAGAAACCUUUAAUUUGGUCUUUGACUGUUUCGCCAGCUUGCUUGCCGGACGGUUUGAAUGGACAAAACUACGAUAAUUUCAAUAACGCCUUGGCCACCGUUGCCGGAUGGGGAUGGACCAACGAAGACAGUUCCAAAGGUGGCCGUGCUAACAAACUACAGAAAGCCAAAGUUAACGUUAUUCCAAACGAAAAAUGCAAGGAAUGGUUCCUGUCCCAGGGCAAGAAAACUAAAAUUCAAAACAAACAAAUGUGUGCCGGGCACGAACAAGGAGGAGUUGACGCUUGUUGGGCUGACAGUGGUGGUCCAUUGAUGCUCGAUACUUUCGAUGAAACGAUGGUUAUUGGAGUAGUAUCAACCGGUAUUGGUUGUGCCAGACCAUAUCUGCCUGGUAUCUACACCAGAGUUUCCGAAUACAUCCCAUGGAUUGAAGAAAUCGUUGGGUCUGCAAAAUAAACAGAUCGUAAAUAUUUAAUCUGCUCUAGUCAAAUUAAUAUGCCAAAGAAUUUCUAGUUGAAUAAUCAAUGCUGUGAUUUAGCAUGAA